AAACAGAAUAAAAAAUAAAACCAAAUCCGAAUCAAUGUUCACAAAUAUCUGAACUGUUCAUAGAUAACAAAAAAAAAUCAGACCAAAUCGAAAACCAAGUGGGUAUCCGAAAAUCCAUAAUAUAGUUUAUAUACCUAAAAAUGUUAAUUAUAUUUAAUUUUAAAAUUAUCAAAUAUUCUAAAAAUAUUAUUUAUAAACUGAACUACCAAAAAACUCUAUUACCCUUUUUUGAAAUUAUCAUAAUUUCCCAAUAUGAUCGAGUCACCCAAAUAUUUUUAUUCAAAAUAUUCAAAUUUAUCCGAGUUAUCCGAUAUUUAUCCUAAAAAUUUCAAAAUGUGAAUUCCAAAAUUAUUCAAAAUUAUCCAAAAAACCAGAAACCAAUCCAUAAUCGAAUUGAAGUCAAAACUGUAUUGGAUUUGUAAUAUUGUUAUCUGAACUAAACCGAAAACUAAAAUAAGCAAACUGAAACUACACCUAAAUUCAUAAAUAACUGAACGGUUUCUCUAUUUCUUGAAUAAAAAAAUUAAAAAUCACAAUUGAACCGGAGCCGUACCAAAAAACGAAAAUAAUCUGGAACCAAACCGAAAACAAAAAAAAAAAUCUGGAACUAAACCAAAACCCAAAUAUUAGUGAACCAACAUACAAACAAAUUAAUAGAUUUGUUAACAAAACUAAUCCCGCGCUUUCAAAGCGCGGAUCAAAAUCUAGUUUUCAUUAUUGUAUCUUUCACCACUAUACUAAUUACAUUUAAGGGCUCGAGUUUUUAAAUGUGCCUCAGGUCUCUACAGACCCUCGUACUGCACUGAUUCGAGGACGGAGAUGAUAUCCAUUUUAUUGAUUUCUUGAUAUUAAAUUCUUUUUUUGUGUUACGUUAUGAUUUUUUAUUACUUCAAAGAUGGGAUUAUAUCUACUUCUAUGGAACUUUUUAUAUUCAAGGUUUGAUUAUACAAAUUGACCGGUAACGUCCAAAUAUGCGUAUGGUCAACCAAAAGUAUAUACUUUUACCAAGAAAAAGUAUAUAAAACUUUCCAAAACUUCUUACAGUCACACUUUCUUUAUUACACUAUACAAAUUGUUUUUCCUAUAUAUUCAGCGAAACGACGAUUUCAACGCCACACAAUCCAACCCCUUCAAACAAAUUUUGUUUUUGUUUUUGAAAAAAAAUCUUUAAAAAAAAUGAAACUAAAGCAAACCAACGUGAUGUUUAUGGUGUUAGCCCUGAUCUCGGCAUUGGUUUUCCUACAAUCAGAAGCUGUUGAUCGUUGUCCGACAGGAAAUAUAAAUCUCGUACCAGGAUGUUUCGAUGCGUUGAGAUUAGCCUCGGACAAAGAUUACAGCAGGCUAUCAAGAGCUUGUUGCAGAGCAGUCUAUUCACUAGACUCUGAUACUUGCUUCUUUCUUUUCUAUCCUAGCCCAGCUUACUCUAUUAAGAUUUUCAAAAACAUUUGUCUUAAUGUUAAGUAUGUACCUGCUGGUUCACGUUUCUAAUAAAGAUUUUAAUAAUAUUUUUCUUAAAUGAAUCAAAAGUUCCUAUUUGAUACUCUCAUUCAUAUUAUUUAAUUAUGCUGGUGAAAGAUGCAACUAUUCAAUUAAACAGUAUUUUUCAAUUUUUGAAUUUUUUUCAAAAUCUGUUGUUAACUAAUCCCUAUGAAAAUAU